AUGGCUCUCCUGCUCGACUCUGAUCCGAAUCCCGACAACUUCUACGCCCGACUCAUCCGAGGCCAACGAUUCUCCGUUAUUCUAAGAUUCCCAUUGGAGUCGGGCGAAGAGCUCUUCAAGUGUCCAAUCGCAUACAAAACAUGGGGAAAACUGAACGACCAAAGCGACAAUGCUCUAGUCAUAUGCCACGCUCUGACGGGGAGCAGCUCCCCCUAUGGAAGUGCCUCUCCUUUGACCAUCAACCCGGGCACUGGUCAGCGAUAUGCCAGCGAGUUCCCCCAGACGACGGUCAGAGACGAUGUCAGGGCACACAAGAUGGUACUUGACGCCCUUGGUGUCAAGUCAGUAGCAGCCGUCGUUGGAGGCUCUAUGGGAGGCAUGACAACCCUCGAAUGGCCUCUCUGCACACAACCAGGAUUUGUGCGAAACGUAGUUCCUAUUGCCACGGCUGCUGAUCACUCUGCCUGGGGCAUAUCUUGGGCCGAAACCCAACGACAGUGCAUCUACUCCGAUCCAAAGUUCGACGACGGAUACUACGGGCCGACACCAGAUGGCCAGCCCUCGGCAGGACUUUCUGCAGCUCGAAUGAUUGCCAUGCUGACAUAUCGUUCUUGUACGAGUUUCGACAGUCGCUUCGGAAGAAAACCUCCACGAAAUCCCCAGAUACCUCAAGAACCGCCUUUAGAUCUUCCGAGGACAGACGCAUCGAUUAUGGAAUCGCCGAGGUCCAAGAGAGACAGAGGCUCGCAGCGGAAACAAAAUCCAUCAUUCUCGGCCCAGGGAUACCUACACUAUCAAGGACAGAAGUUUAUCAACAGGUUUGAUGCCAAUUGUUAUUUACACAUCACCAAUAAGAUGGACAGCCACGAUGUCGCCCAUGGACGGACGCAAAUAUCCGGCGACGAAGGCCUGGCAGAGGUCUUGUCCCAAGUACCGCCAGGGGCCUUGGUCAUCGGCGUGGAGACCGAUGCGCUAUUCCUCCCGGAGCAACAACAGCGGCUUGCCGCCAACCUACCUAGUGCAUCAUUACAUGUUCUUAACUCAUCUGAUGGACAUGACGGUUUUUUGCUCGAGUUUGAGCAACUCGAUACGUUGAUCCAAGCCCAGCUGAGAUCUCGAUUGCUGAGUCUCUAUGCCAUGAUACAUGAGUCAGAUGGAUCGCCGGGCCUUGCUGUAAUGGACGAAGCUGGGGAAAGCUUGACGGGAGAAGUCGAGGAUUGGUAG